UCGACAUUCUCGGAGGGCGCCUCAGCAAGACUGCCGCAAAGUGCUCCCCAGUACAGUUCAGUACUUACCUCUGACACACCAGCAUUUGUGCAUUCGAAUGCUUCUGGGCGUGAUUGUUGCUGGUUCUCUAUCCAGAAUCCUUCAUCGAACCGAACGGAUUCGGGAGCUAGUCGACAGAUAGUGAGAGAUAGUCGAGCUUCGAGCAUCUAAGCAUCCCUCGGUCUCCAUAUAUUAGCACAUCGCAGUACCAGAUUCGAACCGUCGCGACGUUUCGGUGAUCGAGCGGGUUUUCUUUCUCAGACAUUCUGCUUUCUCGUGCUUUCUGCUUUCUCGUGCAUACUGCUUUCUCGUGAAUCGGAAGUCAUGGGAAAAGGAGGAUCCUUCGCUCUUCCGGAUCAACUCCAGCAAGUGAGCGCUUUCAAGUCUCUAGAGAUAGAUCCUGACUACCUAUCCGAAAGACCAAAAAUCCUCGAUGUCCUCGCUACUAUCUUGGAGCGGAUCAUGACUGCUAACGAAGCCAGCAGCCAGUGCGCGAACCAGAAGCUGACCGUGUUCCACGGGCUUCAAGCACCCGGCAUCGGGCUCGAUAAGUACCUGGAUCGGAUAUUCAAGUACGCCAACUGCAGCUACUCGUGCUUCGUGGUGGCGUAUAUUUAUGUCGACCGGAUGAUCGAGCGGCAGCCGGACAUGCUCCUGACGAACCUCAACAUCCACCGGCUGCUGGUUACCAGCGUCAUGGUUGCCACCAAGUUCUUCGACGACGCAUACUUCAAUAACGCGUACUACGCCAAGGUCGGCGGCGUGACGACGGGCGAAAUGAACCGGCUGGAGCUGGAGUUUCUCUUCCGGAUCGACUUUCGCCUCAACAUCACAUCCGACGACUUCGCGAGCUAUUGCAAGCUGCUGGAAGGCGAGUUAUGGCGGAUGCAGUACCCCAUGGACGAUUUGCUCCCGUCGUUCCCGCCGCUCCCCGCUUUCGAAGCAGCCGAUUCAGAUUCCGAGGGGUCUGCGACGUCCGAUGUGAUCGAUCCGGCGUCGGAACUCAUGGGCUCGGAAUGUUCGGCGUCCGAACCAGCAGAUUCGGAUUCAGAGGGGUCGGAAUCUGCGUCUGAUGGUGCGGAGGGUUCGGAUGCCGACGCCACGGGUUCGUCUGACGUGGCGGAUACGGAAAUCUGCUGUAAGCGGCAAAAGCACUGCGUGGAUGGGGAGUCGGACGAGCAGUCGGGUGUGCCAACGGCGCAUAGAUCUCGGUGCUGUGCGGUUUCCGGAGUGAGCGAUCAGCAAUGUGCUUGGACCGACGGGGCCUGAGGGUUUCGCUGCCAUGCGUCUAAAGCAGUCUGCCAUCUCACAUGGCGGGACGAGCAGGCAUACAGCCUUGACAGACAUACAGACCUACAGCCAUGCCUUAGAAAAGGAUGUCUCUCGGACAUCCGACGUUUUCUCUUACGACGGGUCAUGCGACCUUCUAGGAACGACUAACUGCCGCAGAACUAACUUUCCCUGCCGCGCGACUAACUUCCCUUCACCGCCAUUCGCUUCCGCUUCGGCAUCCUCCCAGCUUCAGUAUCAAUCCAGCGAGAUUUGUUUCACGCUUUUUGUCUCUCUACGAAUCCGGUCGGAUCUCUUCUCGCCUCCAUUCUCACGCACUUCUCUCCACUCAUUCUGUCUUCUCUACUCUUUGUCACACUGCUUCAGUCGCCUCACCGUUCCCCUUACCUGUGUCGCUCAGCGUGCUCUUUACUCUCGCUGCCCUCAACAGUUUACGGACUGUGUUCCUUGAUUGUUCGAGGAGACGCCCAGGCUUCUCUGUUGCAGGGAGGGCGUUUGUACCAUACAAGGGUUUAGUGGAGAGUCAACGGAGGGGCUGAUGGACCCUUGAACUGACUUUGUUUUGAUGUAAUAAGGUGGUUGCCAACACAUAUUUUCAUUUGUUUCGAAUCCAUAUCAAAUUACUGGGUCACGUCCAACACUCUAUAGCGAGCGGAUCCGUGAUGUGGUGUGGAGUGAAGCAGUCGGAUCUUAUUGUUCUGCACUAGCAGUCAGAUUAGGGGAUUGUGGAGUGUCAAUGUCAUGUUAAACUGGAGUAU